AUGCAGCUCCUAGCAUCGAGUAUAGCUCUGCUGGCUCAUCAGACACUUGGUGUUUCUGCCGCAGCCUUGAAAGCGCGGGAUUACAAGCUCACACAUACUCAGAUUGACUAUAACCUCGCUGAAGACGACUCACAGUUGGCUACUUGCGGUUCCAAGCUGCACACCCGAGGAGACGACACUCUCCCUCUCGGCCUGACCUCCAUCACCAUCGGCACCGUGACCACCGCGACCGGAACCACCGUCCCCCUCACUGUCCCGUAUUCGCUCUCGCGUGACCCUACUGUCUCGCUCAGAGGCAGCGGCACCACGGUCUUCGACAGUCCUCUCAGGAGCGCCACCUUGGUUUCCAGCGUCGUGCAUGAUUCGUCUUUCGCGGCGUUCUCGUCUGCCGAAUGCAUUUUUUACACCGGCAGUGUAAAUCUCGGGCAAGGGGCGUCCGCUUGUGUUGGUGGUAUCGUGACAUCGGCAUCGACUCAUGACGACGGCUCGAAGGUGACGUUCGAUGAAGUGGUGGUUUGUACGACUUGCAGCUACUCUUGA